AUGGUAAGUCUCAAAAGGGACAAGUUGGGAAAGGGUUCUGGAUUCAGGAGAAAUACCUUGGUUAAGGCAUGGCAACCAGCAACCACACCCCUGGGGCAACCAGUCCCAUCUCCAUCUGUGUCUCACAGCACCCAACCAAACAGACCUGCCACCGCACAACCGGCUACUCAGGCCUGGGCAGAUGAGCAGGCAGCACUGCAGCCAGACCAGGUCCAACAGGAUAAGAUCCGAAGAGAGUCUGUUGAGGCCAAACAGAGAGGAAGGCAAAUCUGAUACCAAAACUGGAGUUUCCUUAAGUACUAUGACCAAACAGGUAAGAGAAAGGAGCUCAAGCCACUGCCAAACUAUACAGCUGUGUUCUCAAGCAAAGUUCCCAAUUUGACCAAUCAAACUAUCCUCAGUCAAAUGAACAAUGAACUUGGCAGAGCUCUGGUUAUGGAUUAUUUCUUCAGCAGUGGAGCACGAAAGAGGAAACUUGAGGGUGAGCUCCAACUUUCCUAG